ACCCAUUUCAGACAUGAUAGAGAGCUCUUCUAACGGCCACACAUGGCCUCCUUUACCUUCAACCCUUUGCAGCAGAAACAGCUCUUCCCAAUCACUCUCUGUAAGUGCCUAUCAACUCUUAAUACCUUUAAAUUCCAAUUCUCAUCUCAUUUUCUCAGUUUCUCACCAACCAAACACACACUUCAGCCAAUUCUUUCACCACUUGUAGUUAGAGCACAUGUCAGUCACAUAGACACCAAGUUGUCUAGCACAGACGAAGAACUAUCGAAGAACACCAUGAACCACAAAAUUACUGAAGAAUGUUUUUCUGGGUUUUCUCCUUUUCGGACUAAAUAUAGAAGGUUGGACAAAAAAUCUGUGAAAAACAAUGUCGGUUCAAUAGUGAAGGAUAUUAAAGAACAGAGGGUCAAGAAAGGUGGACAAGCAAAGCAAAGAUUAAGUUCUAGAAAUAGAAGUAGGGCAAAUUCUUCUGGGUCUUCUUCGAUGGGGUCAAAAGAUGCAAAUUUAGUCAGAAAAAUGUUAAAGCCGGUGGGUAAUUUAAUAGAUAGAAAGAAAAUAGAGAAAAAAAUUAAAAAAAGUGAUGAUAAUCGGUUGGGAGAUGGGAAAACAGCAAAAGGGUCUAAGAAAAGUAAAGUUGAUUCACCAGGAGAUAUGUUGAGGGUUGGGUUGGAUAUGUGUUCUAAAAAAGGGGAUGUGAUGGGUGCAAUUAAACUGUAUGAUUCGGCUAGGAGAGAAAGCAUAAAGAUGGGGCAGUACCAUUAUACUGUGCUUUUAUAUCUUUGUUCUUCUGCGGCUACUGGUGUUGUUCAGCCUGCAAAAAGUGGGAAUGGUAGUCGGAGUUUGAGUAUGGCGGGCUCCUCUAUCGAGUUUUCUGAUGUGAUUCCCAAAGGUUUGGGUGAAUUAAAGGAAAUGGGUGAGAGGAAUUCUGUUACAAGCAAAUCGAAUGUUCGAGUUUCAAGCAAUGGGCGAUUGGUAGAAUUUCGUGGACAUUCUGAUACAGCAGAAGUGAAUACUAAUAGUUUUCCAAUGAAAUUGGCAAAAGAUGACUUGGAUAAUGAUUUUGAUGAGAAGCACGACUUAAGCCAAAUCUCUAAUGAUUCUAUGAAGCAGAGCCCUCGAGCUUUAGAUGCAAAGGGUGAUGAUGAUUCCUCAAAUAUAAAAGAUGGGAGUGGUGACCAAGAAGAUAAUGGAAUUCAAGUAAGUGUAAAUGUCAAGAGAUUUGCACUGCAGAGCGGUUUUGAAAUCUAUGAGACGAUGCUUUCGGAAGAAAUCCCAUUGAAUGAAGCAACAUUGACAUCUGUGGCUAGAAUGGCAAUGUCGAUGGGUGAUGGUCACAUGGCAUUUGAUAUGGUAAAGCAAAUGAAGGCAUUGGGGAUAAACCCUAGAUUGCGGUCUUAUGGUCCUGCUCUUUCUGUUUUCUGCAAUAGAGGUGAUGUUGAGAAGGCGUUCUCUGUUGAAGAGCACAUGCUGGAGUAUGGUGUCUAUCCAGAGGAACCUGAACUGGAUUUACUCUUAAGAGUGAGUACAGAAGCUGGUAGGAGUGACAAGGUUUAUUACUUGCUGCAUAAACUUAGAACAAAUGUAAGGAAAGUGUCACCUUCUACUGCAGAUUUGAUUGAGAAAUGGUUUAAGAGCAAGAAAGCUUCAAGAGUGGGGAAAAGAAAUUGGGAUCAAAGAUUAAUAAGGGAAGCAAUUGCAAACGGAGGUGGAGGCUGGCAUGGGCAGGGUUGGCUCGGUAAAGGAAAAUGGACGGUUUCACGCACAUCUGUUGGAGCUAAUGGCCUAUGUAAAUGCUGUGGUGAAAAAUUAGCCAUUAUUGACCUUGAUCCUACAGAAACUGAAAAUUUUGCCAAGUCAGUUGCAUCGAUAGCCCUACAGAGAGAGAAAAAUUCAAACUUUCAGAAAUUUCAAAAAUGGCUGGACUAUUAUGGACCAUUUGAAGCAGUUGUAGAUGCAGCAAAUGUUGGCCUUUACAGCCAAAGGAAAUUCAAACCCUCUAAGGUCAAUGCCGUUGUGAAUGGAAUACGGCAGAUGCUUCCUUCAAAAAAGUGGCCGCUCAUUAUUUUGCAUAACAGACGUAUUACUGGCGACAAGAUGGAUGAACCAGUAAAUAAGGCACUAAUUGAGAAGUGGAGAAAUGCUGAUGCAAUUUAUGCUACGCCCACUGGAUCAAAUGAUGAUUGGUACUGGUUGUAUGCAGCUAUAAAGUUCAAGUGCCUAAUUGUGACCAAUGACGAGAUGAGAGAUCAUUUAUUCCAACUUCUAGGGAAUGAUUUCUUCCCCAAAUGGAAAGAAAGGCAUCAAGUGCAUUUCAGUUUCUCAGAUACCGGCCCAGUGUUUCACAUGCCUCCUCCUUGCUCUGUUGUAAUUCAGGAAUCGGAGAAAGGUCACUGGCAUAUUCCAAUUGUAUUUGAACAUGACUCUGAAGGGGAAAGAACAUGGUUAUGUGUUACACGUGCUAGCUCACACAUGGCAAUGCAAGCUUCCACUACCAUACAUGAAGGAUCGCAAUUUCCUCACCAUGAGAAAGGACAUGCAAACUCAGACGCUGAAACGAGAACUCAGGAUAUACUACCACCACAUAAUAUUGGCAACCACAAAAAUACUAAACAUCCGCCUCAGGAAAUUUAUAGGAAUCUCAGAAAUAUUCUGUCGACAUCCAUCUUCUCAAAUCAUUCAACAAUCGUAUCAGAAAUUGAGGCUGCAGAGGAGCACGGUAGCUGUGUAAUUGAUUUUCAAAUAUAAUGUGAACAGCUGUGAUAUUUCGGGACCUCAAAUAAGACUUGCAGUGGAACGAUGAAUUCUGAACUGAUUUCUCCUUGCUUGGUUAUGAAGCCCAUUCAGCAAAUUGUCUGGCUGGAAAUCCCUGAGGCCUUCAAAUGCAGAAGAAUGAACUUCCCCUGUUGGUGUUUGGUGCACUCAGGAUUAACAGUCAAAGAUCAACUCUUUUUCCAUCUAAUUUUUGAAAGGUAGAGAAAAAUCUCUCUUGGAGGGGAGGGAAUGGACUGUCGUAACUACUCCUCAAGUAAUAGUAUUCUUGUACUGUGUCUUUGUAUAUUUUUGUUUGAUGUUACCUUAACUUAUCAUUUACUUAAAUAAUAAAUUUUGCCAAGAUUUUUGAAUGUA